CUAUUUUAAUUUUAUUUCGAAACCAAAUGGGCGGAAAGAAGAGUGGUGGAGCGCACACGCCCGCCCCUGCGCUCCAGUUAGAAUCACCGACUCGGUUGGGCUGCUUACCUCGCCUGCGAGUUUUCGUGUUUCUCAUUAGCCAACAUGCAGGCCAGUGACAGAUUUAAUAUUAAUUCUCAGCUCGAGCAUCUUCAAGCUAAAUACGUUGGGACAGGGCAUUCAGACUUGAAUAGAUUCGAGUGGGCAGUUAACAUUCAACGUGACAGCUAUGCAUCCUAUGUUGGGCAUUACCCCAUCCUAGCAUAUUUUGCUAUUGCAGAAAAUGAAUCAGUUGGAAGAGAACGCUACAAUUUUAUGCAGAAAAUGCUUCUGCCUUGCGGCCUCCCCCCAGAUAGAGAAGAUGACUGAGAACUGCUCACGGGUUCUGGGAGUCUGGAGCACCGAGUGUCUCUAGAUUGCCGGCAGCAGAGUUCUCUAUUUGUUUUAUUUUGGAAUGUAAUUGUCUUUCCCCAGUGGUGUAAAAAAAAUGAAGAAUAAUUUAGAUUACAAUGUAUUUUAAUUGGUGCUUGCUGCCUUAAAAAUUUCAGUGAUGGUUGCAAUAUUAGAACGAACUUGGUCAAGUUUUAUGGUUGUAAUGCCAGGCAAAGCUUGUGCGUGUAUCAAAAAAAGAAACUGUCGAUUCCGGA